GAGAGAGAGAAAGAGAGAGAGCGGGGGCCGCACACUUAUCGCGGUGUUUCCUCCCUUUCGUUCCCGGGGGAGUUCUCGCGAGACAAGCAAAGGGAAGAUGGCGGUGCCCUGGUUUUUGGUGUGAGGCAGUGGCGGAGGCUGCGGUGGCUGCUGCAGCUGCGGCGGCGGGGACUGGAAUCCUGGUGUCGUGGGCACCAGAGUUGUGGCUCCCUUUAGCGAGCUUGCGUGCGUCUCUUGGUGCCUAGGCGAGAGCCGGMUUUUCUUCCAGGAGAUGCGUUUGCCCCGGGCUCGAAGGUGCUCUGGGAGUUCAUGCUGCGCUGGACGCUCCUGGCCGCCGCUCUAAUCACCUCGUGCCGCCGCAGCGCCCGCUCCGUCGCCCGCGGUGAGCCUGCCGGAUCUACUCCCUGCCCCUGGCGGCGGUGAUGACCGGGGAGAAGAUCCGUUCAUUGCGGAGGGACCACAAGCCCAGCAAAGAAGAGGGGGACCUGCUGGAGCCCGGAGAUGAGGAAGCGGCAGCUGCUCUCGGCGGCACCUUUACCGGAGGCAGGAUUGGCACUGGCAGCAGCGGCAAGGGCGGCAAAGCCUGUCAUAAGAUCUUCAGUAACCAUCACCACCGGCUGCAGUUGAAGGCAGCUCCGGCUUCCUCCAAUCCCCCUGGUGCCCCGGUCCUGCCGCUGCACAAUUCCGUGACUACCACUUCUCAGUCCCCGGCUCUCCUAGCCGGCACCAAUCCUAUUGCAGUCGUCGCGGAUGGAAGCAACUGCCCCGCACACUAUCCGGUGCACGAGUGCGUCUUCAAGGGGGAUGUGAGGAGACUCUCCUCUCUCAUCCGAACACACAAUAUCGGGCAGAAAGAUAAUCACGGAAACACUCCUUUACAUCUUGCUGUGAUGUUAGGAAAUAAAGAAUGUGCCCAUUUACUUUUGGCUCACAAUGCUCCAGUAAAGGUGAAAAAUGCUCAGGGAUGGAGCCCUCURGCAGAAGCCAUCAGCUAUGGAGAUAGACAGAUGAUUACAGCUCUUUUAAGAAAGCUUAAGCAGCAAUCCAGGGAAAGUGUUGAAGAAAAACGACCUCGAUUAUUAAAAGCCCUGAAAGAGCUAGGUGACUUUUAUCUAGAACUUCACUGGGAUUUUCAGAGCUGGGUGCCUUUACUUUCCCGAAUUCUGCCUUCUGACACAUGUAAAAUAUAUAAACAAGGUAUUAAUAUCAGGCUUGAUACAACUCUCAUAGAUUUUACUGACAUGAAGUGCCAACGAGGGGAUUUAAGCUUCAUUUUCAAUGGGGAUGCGGCACCCUCUGAAUCUUUUGUUGUAUUAGACAAUGAACAGAAAGUUUAUCAGCGAAUACACCAUGAGGAAUCAGAGAUGGAAACAGAAGAAGAGGUUGACAUUUUAAUGAGCAGUGAUAUUUACUCUGCAACUUUAUCAACCAAAUCAAUUUCUUUCACUCGUGCCCAAACUGGAUGGCUUUUUCGGGAAGAUAAAACAGAAAGAGUAGGAAACUUUUUGGCAGACUUUUAUCUGGUGAAUGGACUUGUUUUAGAAUCAAGGAAAAGAAGAGAACAUCUCAGUGAAGAGGAUAUCCUUCGAAAUAAGGCCAUCAUGGAGAGUUUGAGCAAAGGUGGAAACAUAAUGGAACAGAAUUUUGAGCCUGUUCGAAGACAGUCCCUUACCCCUCCUCCUCAGAACACUAUUACAUGGGAAGAAUAUAUAUCUGCUGAAAAUGGAAAAGCUCCGCAUCUGGGUAGAGAGCUGGUGUGCAAAGAGAGUAAGAAAACCUUUAAAGCCACCAUAGCCAUGAGCCAGGAAUUUCCCUUAGGGAUUGAGUCAUUAUUGAAUGUUUUAGAAGUAAUAGCUCCCUUCAAGCACUUUAACAAGCUUAGAGAAUUUGUUCAGAUGAAGCUUCCUCCAGGCUUUCCUGUAAAAUUAGAUAUACCUGUGUUUCCCACUAUCACAGCCACUGUGACUUUUCAAGAGUUUCGAUAUGAUGAAUUUGAUGGCUCCAUCUUUACUAUACCUGAUGACUACAAGGAAGAUCCAAGCCGCUUUCCUGACCUUUAACUGACAUGGAAAAUAUGCCA